AUGAGCUCCCGAGCAUUGAAAUUGCCCCGAACGGCAAAAUCCUCUUUGGUGAAGCAAAAUGUCGCUCGCCCUCGUGACUCUGCUACGGCGCGACCGGCUCAGGUGCUAAACGUCCGAGCCCAGCAAGUCGCCGAGUUCUCGGGCAGCAGCGACAGCCAAGAUCGCUUAGGCCACCGGGCAAAGGAGAAGUUGCUCGAUAGGGAAUUCUUCCUCAGUCUUUUAAACUCCGCCUCAACUAAGCGCGAAGCUAAGUCGUACCUAGCCCGGCUAAAAGCCAGCCCCGCCAAACCAAACCAAGUAGCUUUAUCCGAGCCCCCGAAAGAGUCUACAUCUACUUCUUUGCCCUCCGGUGUCAACUUGGGUUCAUUCUAUGGUGCAUCCAGGGCGGUUUACGAUAGUCCUGUCUUCCGGCAAGAUACAACUCCUACUCCGAAAGCGCAGGACAUAUCAGAGAGGUUACACUUGGCCCUGAUCAAAAUCACCACGCCACAAACACUCGAUGAUUUCGUUAUCGAUGGAGUGGCCAAGACCCUAUCACAGCUCACUCGAUUGGGCAUGGCAUGCUGCGUGGUGGUCGAUCCCGGAAAGUUGGAUGGAACUGCCGUGCGACAAACGGCCAUUGAGCAGGCAAAUCGGAUAUCGGCGGCAGUCGAUGCGCAGCCCGACUCGAAAUCUUUCACAUUAGAUUCAGCUUUGUCUAUAUCUAAGCAGCGCUCGGGUCAACUCACGGUGCUAUCAAGGGAAGUGCUAUUGAGUGCCCUUCGCCGUGGCCAUGUGGUGCUUAUUCCGCCCAUUGCUUAUACGGAGGACACUCCGCGAGCAGUUCCGGUCUCGGCCAAUGACGCAGCCAUCGCUUUGGUCAAAGAGUUUGCGGGAUUAUCCACAAACCCAGACCCUGACGAAGACCCCCUAAUCACCUUUGAGAGGAUCGAUGCUCUACAAAAAGAGGUCUCGGUUGACCGUGUCAUUGUUCUUGAUGCUCUUGGGGGGAUUCCGGCUUUCAAGGGUCCUCAGUCGUCCCACGUGUUUAUCAAUAUGGAGCAAGAAUUCGAGCAAAUUAAAGAUGAGCUGUCACUGGCACGGCAAACCGUUUCUGGAAACAGGAACGAUAUCACACCACAGGUAAAACCUGAAUCCAGCCACCGAAUGUCUGAUAGCAUUCCUCUCAAAAAGUGCCGAGCAAAUGGCGACAGUCCUGGAUGGCCAUCUAGACAACCUUCGACUAGCACAACAAGCUCUGACCAUGCUACCAUCAACCUCUUCAGGCAUCAUCACUUCCCCCAAGAGGUCUCUUACUCAGCUCGCACACCCCAAGCGGCCGUUUCAGACGUGUCAGCCGUCGGAACCCGUCGUCAACGCAACCCACUAAUCCACCACCUCCUCACCGACAAGCCUCUCCUUUCGUCCUCUCUACCUCCAGGUCGGCGCGGUGCUUCCAAUGGCGGCAUAUCCAGCGCACUCAGCCCCCUCACAACCCACACGACCUUUGUGAAGCGCGGUAUGCCUCUCACAAUCCUCCCAAACCCCUGGAAACAACCCUGGGCAGCCCACGUCCAGCCACGCCUCGGACUAAACGACCCCAGCAUCGACCUCCCCCGCCUAGUCCACCUAAUAGAAGACUCUUUCGACCGCAAACUCGACGUACAAAACUACCUCGACCGAGUGAACGAUCGCAUCGCCGGCGUCAUCGUCGCGGGCGAGUACGAAGGCGGUGCCAUCCUGACCUGGGAGACGCCGCCAGGUGUUCCGGACGACGGCAGCGAAGCCAGUGUCGCCCGCAUGGUACCAUAUCUGGACAAAUUUGCCGUACUCAAGCGGAGCCAGGGUGCGGGUGGUGUUGCGGACGUCGUGUUCAACGCGAUGGUGCGCACUUGUUUCCCUAACGGGGUCUGCUGGCGUAGUCGCAUGGACAACCCUGUUAAUAAGUGGUAUUUUGAACGCUCGGCGGGGACUUGGAAGUUGGCUGAUAGUAACUGGACCAUGUUUUGGACGACGCCGGGGCUGGUGGAGAAUCCCCAGCGCUUCCGGGAUUAUGAGGGUGUUUGUCGGGCUAUUCAGCCUAGCUGGGCGGAUAACAAGAGUGUCAUUGACUGA